AUGCAAUCCUAUGAAUACCGAGAAUCGCUAACCCCGGGCUCCUUUGUGAAUGCCUCAUCUGAACACGAGAAACGCUCAAGAGGCAUCGGGGUCGUGGUUCGCAAGAUCAAAGGUGGCGCUGUCCACUUUGAAGAUUUCACUGGGCACAACAGUUUCAUGCCCAUGAAUAGAAGGCUGCGAUGCCGUGACAUCAAGCUUAGAAGAAGCUGUGCCAGAAGCGCUCACAGUUAA